AUGGUGAUGCUGAAUAUAGAUGUUGUUAUGAAACGACUGCAAGAUAUUCGAGAUCCCACGCAAGAGGCAAUCGAAACGAUGACCCUGUGGAUUAUGCAUUAUAAGGAUAAAGCUUCGAUUGAUGUUAUUGUUCAGGGUUGGAUGAAUGCGUUUAAAGGUUUAAAGAUCUCUUGAGUUUUCAAAAAAUAAUUUUUUUCAAUUUUUUAGUGGCGAAAACUGAUGAAAAGCGGAUAACAUUGUUCUACGUCAUGAAUCAUGUUGUUCAAAAAGCAAAGAUGAAAAAUAUGGAUGCUCUAAUCAUCUCAUUCCAACCGCAUGUUUUGACUUCUAUUGGAAUCGGGAAGAAAUCGCCAAAAGUCAAGGCGGCCAUGAAAAAGUGUUUGGAGUGUUUUGGACCCAGGGAGGUUUUCACCAGCGCCACAAUGAUUGCUAUGAAGAAUUUGUUGGAAGCUGAUGAUGCUUUUGAUACUGAGGAAACUGUUUUGGACAUUGAUAAUGACGAAAUUGUGAGAAAAGUCACUUCUUUUAUCUCGGCUGAGAAUGUUGUGGCGGAUAUGAUGAAAACGUUGCAUGAGGGAGAUUUUGAUUAUAAGGAGAGGGUUAGAAAUGGCAUGAAAGGUGAGCGUUUUGGGGCAGGAAAUUAGAAGCCUAUGGAAAUUCUGUUAAAAAAUAGGAGCGAGUGUAAACCAAGUUUUUGCCACGUCAUAGUUAUCCACGUGGCCGCUGAAGCGGUAGAUAGUGCCGCUUAGGCGGAAGCUUGCGGUUUACACUCGCUCCGCUCGAAGGUUAGGAGUCCUAACCGCAAGCUUCCGCGUGAGCGGCACUAUCUACCGCUUCAGCGGCACUAUCUACCGCUUCAGCGGCCACGUGGGUAACUAUGACGUGGCAAAAACUUUAAAAAAACUGUAAACCAAUGUUUUUGCCACGUCAUAGUUAUCCACGUGGCCGCUAAAGCGGUAGAUAGUGCCGCUGAAGCGGAAGCUUGCGGUUUACACUUGCUUCGCUCGAAGGUUAGGACACAAUCAGUUAUUUUGUAAUUUCGCUCAAUUGUGUUCUCUGCGCUCUCUCAAUUUUCCAUUGUCUCUACUAUUUCACGAACUUAAAAAAAACGUUUUUUUAACGUUAAAAAACCCGAAAAAGUGAUUCACGAACGGUAUUUUUAUUCAUUUUUUACCAUUUUCUUAACACAUUGAAUAAAGUGAAGCUAAAACGCAUUUUAGUGUCCAGAAUUGCUAUUUCAAGAUCUUCUAAUCAGCCUAAAAGACAAAUCAAGCCCUAGGGUGAUAACGGGUUUUGAAAUAAGGUAAGUUUAGUCUUAGGUAACUCGACGUGCUAAUCAUUAUCCUGCAAAAAUUAACUGCUGAGCUCCAGUCUGAGCCGCGCAAAUGAGCUCCAAAUUUUGCUCAGAAAAUCUCUCAAUUUUCAUAUGAAAUAAGUAUUUUUUGGGUAGAAUAGUAGUACCUUAGGGUUGUAAAUCUGAAAUCAGUGAAAUUUCAUAUGAAAAUUGAGAUUUUUGAUUUUCUGAGAAAAAUUUGAAGCUCAGCAGCUAAUUUUUGCGGGAUAAUGAUCUGCACGUCGAGUUAAAUAAGACUGAACUUACCUUAACUCAAACCCCGUUAUCACUCUAAUGGAAGUCCCUUAUGAGGCUUGAUUUGUCUUUUAGGCUGAUUAGAAGGUCUUGAAAUAGCAUUUCUGGACACUAAAAUGCGUUUUAGCUUCACUUUAUUCAAUGUGUUGAGAAAAUGUUGAAAAAAUGAAUAAAAAUACCGUUUGUGAAUAACUUUUUUGGUUUUUUAACGUUAAAAAAUUGUAUUUCGUGACUUACUGCAUUAUAAAAAAUAUACGAUUACAUGACACAAAAAGGAACGUUUUGUAUAUUUUUUUUGCAACAAAAGUGUACAUUUUCUCCAUUCACAGACCGUGAAGAAGGUGCACAUUUUGGAGCGAAAUUACAAAAUAACUGAUUGUGUUCGAGCGAAGCGAGUGUAAACCGCAAGCUCCCGCGUAAGCGGCACUAUCUACCGCUUCAGCGGCCACGUGGAUAACUAUGACGUGGCAAAAACUAAAAAAAAAACUGUAAACCAAGUUUUUGCCACGUCAUAGUUAUCCACGUGGCCGCUUACGCGGAAGCUUGCGGUUUACACUCGCUCCGCUCGAAAAGAAAAAAAUGUCGAAAAAACAUUGAGUUUUUUAGCCAAAAAUGAUGACAAAUCGAUAUUUUUCAAGGUUCUGGAGUAAUUUCUGAUGAAAAUUGACCUUCAGAAGGUUUUGCUGAUUUUUCGUUGAUGAAUUUCGAAAAAAAUUCAUAAUAGGGUUCUCGAAGCUUAUUUUCAUCAGAAAUUACUCCAGAAGCUUGAAAAAUAUCGAUUUGUCAUCAUUUUUGGCUGAAAAAAACAUUUUUCAACAUUUUUUUCUUUGACAGACCGUGAAGAAGGUGCACAUGUUCUCGAAGAAAUUCACACGGCCAUAAAUGUCACGAAACAAGUUCGAAGUUCGAUGGAAGCGCGCAAGAAGAAAAUGAUCGAAUUAAUCGAGACACUCGAAUUAGCGAAACGUGUCUAUUUGCAUCAAAAACGUGAAGUUUUGGUGGUCGAAGAGGCCUAUACGAAUUUCCGCGACGGAAUUAAAACUGUGCACGAUGAGUUGACGGAGAUGGAGGCGACUGGAGUGUAUCCGGGUGUGACGCCACCAAGAGAGGCGCCGUCGCCGACGGCUGAUGAGGAUAUUUAUGCGACGGGUGUGGAGAAUGCUAUACAGCGUGAGUUUUAGUAAUCCGCGUGGCCGCUGCGCGGAAGAUAGUGCCGCUUACCGCGGAAGCUUGCGGUCUACACUCGCUCCGCUCGAACAAAAUCAUAGUCUGGACCGCAAGCUUCCGCGUCAGCGGCACUAUCUACCGCACAGCGGCCACGCGGAUUACUAUGACUUUGAAAAAAUCGUACUGAUAUUCCGCGUGGCCGCUGACGCGGAAGCUUGCGCGUCUACACUCGCUUCGCUCGAAAAAAAUAAUAGACCGCAAGCUUCCGCGUGGCGGCCACGUGGAUUACUAUAAUGUGUAGUAAUCCGCGUGGCCGCUGCGCGGAAGAUAGUGCCGCUCACGCGGAAGCUUGCGGUCUACACUCGCUCCGCUCGAACAAAAUCCAAAUUUUUUUGAAUUUUGAAAGUUUCGCGCUGAAAAAAUCCUAAUUUUAAUUACCAGAAAUUCAAAAAAAAAUUAAUUUAAGACGUGAAUUUUUAUGAAAUUCAUUUUCAGAAAAAUUAAAAUUUCGAGAAUUUUUAGAAUUAACAUUUCAGAUUUUUUUAUUGUUAAAAAACAUUUUUUUCAAAUGAAAAAUUAUGAAAAUUUGAAAUUCCACGUGGAUUUUCAUAUGGUUAACAUGAGCAAUGUCUCAGUUUUCACGAAAUUUUAUUGGCGCGAAAAAUAUGCCACGUGGCAUGAUUUUUGGUACGAAAAUUCGAAUUUUUCGCUGAAUUUCAUUAUGAAAAAUUCAAAUUUUGUGAAAUUUUUGAACUCAAAAAUCCAGGGCUGAAAAUCCACGUGGAAUUUUUUCGUCAAAAAUUUAAAAAAAAUUUCGAAUUUAUUUUUUUAGAAGUAAAAAUCCACGUGGCAAAAAAUACACAGUAUUUUAAAGGAACAAGAAAUUCAUGUGGAAUUUUUUCCUCUAAAAAAUGAAAAAAAACCGAAUUUCUAUUUUCAAAAGUAAAAUUCCAAAAGAAAAUUCAAAUUUUAUGAAAAUUCUGAAAAUUAGCUCCAAUUUCUGCCCGAAUUUCAAAAAUCCAAAUUUCAAAAUUUUUAAAGAAUUUUCAAAAAUUUCCAGAUUUUUCCAGAUUUUUCCAGAGAAAUACUCAGUAUUUUUAAAAAGGCUGAAAAUCCACGUGGAAUUUUUUCCUCAAAAAAAAAAAUUCAAAUUUUAUGAAAAAUUCUGAAAAUUAGCUCCAAUUUCUGCCCAAAAUCUUGAAUUUUCAACAUUUUUGAGAAAUUUUCCACGUCAUACCUCACAUUUCCUUCAAAAAUCUUGAAAAAUUUCCAGAUUUCCGCGCCCCCGAAACCUGGGAUAAUCGCCAAGCGAUCGACAUGGAAAUGGAUGAAGAAGAUCGACCGCAAGCAUCGAUUCCGAUUCCGAUUCCGAUUCCGAUUCCGCAAGAUCAACAGCCAUCGCUGAAAUCGCGAAUCGAUAUGUUGGGUUUGAUAGAAGGAGGUGGAGGAGCUGAGAAAGUGAUCGAGGAACCCGAUUUUUCGAAACCUCCCCCGAUUUUUAAUAUGACAUUGCCACCACCGGGAACAAGUUCGGCGAUGAGUGCUUUUGGAGUUCAGGCUGCGGUAGGUUUGGGCGAAAAUUCGACUUUCUAGACCAAAAAAUCAUGAAUUUUGAGCCAAAAUUCAAGAGAAAUGGCAAAAAAUCAUGAAUUUUCGGGUCCUGAAGCUUGAAAAAUCUGUAAUUUUCAGCUAGAAACCAUGAAAUUUUCAGAUUCUCAAGCCUGGGGUAGGUUUUGAAGUUACCCUAUCUUUUAAGCUUAAGCCGUAAGCCCUAAGCCUUUUUUUCCACAAAAUUUGAGUAAUCCGCGUGGCCGCUGCGCGGAAGAUAGUGCCGCUUACGCGGAAGCUUGCGGUCUACACUCGCUUCGCUCGAACAAAAUCCAAAUUUUUUAAAUUUCAAAAAUUUCGCGCUGAAAAAAUCCUUUUUUUAAUUACCAGAAAUUCAUUUAAAAAAUUAAUUUAAGACGUGAAUUUUUGUGAAAUUCAUUUUCAGAAAAAUUAAAAUUUCGAGAAUUUUUAAUCGAAUUUCAGACGUGAACUUUUGUCUGAAAAUGUGAAAAUUUAAAGUUCCCGUGUGGAAAAUCAACUAGAAAAUUGAUUUUUGCCGAAAAUUUCAGGAUUUUUUGAUCAAUUUCCCAAAAUUUGCUUUCAGAUCGAAAAAUUGCAGAAAAAUCAAUUUCUGAAUCAGAGUUUUCAGAGUUUUUGAAUUUUUCUGAAUACAAUUAAACAAAAUCCAGAAAUUUUCCAAAUUUUUAUUUGAAAUUUUAAAUUUUCCCCUUUUCUUACCUAAAAAUCGAAAUUUUCAAAAACCCCCGAAAAAAUACGUUUCAAAAUUUUGAUAUAAUUUUUUAAAAUCAAAUAUUUUUUCAAUCUUUGAAUGGUGUUUUCAAUAAUAAAUUUUGGAAAUUUCAAAGUUUUUGGCGCGAAAAAUUGAAGAUUUUCGAAAUUUCUUUGAAAAAUGAGAAUUUACAAGAUUUUCUCUAGUAAAUCCGAAAUUUUGUGUCAAAAUUAAUCAAUUUCAAAUUUUCUCGAGAAUUUUGGUUUUGAUUUUUCUCACAAAUAAGAAAUUUCUGAAAAUUUAUCAAAAUUUCGGCUCGAAAGGCUCCAAAUUUCAAGUUUAACAUGAGCAAUGCUCAAAAAUCUCAAAAUUGGGCAAGGAUUUUCAAGGAGAAAAAAAUCACCAAAGUUGUAGCGCCCAUGGUUGAUCAGAGGUAGUUUUUGGGGAAUUUUGUGAGCUAUGACGUGGCAAAACUUUUUGAAAUUGAAAAAAUUUGAAAAAAAAUUCAAUAAAGUCACGUGGAUUACUAUAUAGUAAUCCGCGUGGCCGCUGCGCGGAAGAUAGUGCCGCUUACGCGGAAGCUUGCGGUCUAUACUCGCUCCGCUCGAACAAAAUCCAAUCAAAAUAAUAUUUUUUUCGAGCGGAGCGAGUGUAGACCGCAAGCUUCCGCGUCAGCGGCACUAUCUACCGCGCAGCGGCUAAAUUACCCUAACUUUCUAGAUUUUCUGUAGAAGUUAGGGUAACUUAGCCGCUGCGCGGAAAAUAGUGCCGCUUACGCGGAAGCUUGCGGUCUACACUCGCUUCGCUCGAAAAAAAAAUUGAUUUUUUUUUCAAAAAUAAUCUAGAUUGCUCAGAUUAUAGUACUUUUUCAAAAAAUCCAAAAAUCCGGAAGUUUUUCAAGUGAAAAAAAAUUAAAUUUUCAAAAUUUUAUUGAAAAUUGAAAAUUUUGGGUUUUUUCUGACAUCAAAGCUGCUCAGAUCAGAAAAUCCCACAAAUUUCAAAUUUCGUCUCAAAAUGCUCCAAAUUUCAAGUUUAACAUGAGCAAUGCUCAAAAAUCUCAAAUUUCGUCUCAAAAUGCUCCAAAUUUCAAGUUUAACGUGAGCAAUGCUCAAAAAUCUCAAAUUCCGUCUCAAAAAGCUCCAAAUUUCAAGUUUAACAUGAGCAAUGCUUAAAAAUCUCAAAAUCCGUCUCAAAAAGCUCCAAAUUUCAAGAUUAACAUGAGCAAUGCUCAAAAAUCUCAAAUUCCGUCUCAAAAAAGCUUCAAAUUUCAAGUUUAACAUGAGCAAUGCUCAAAAAUCCCAAAAAACUUCAAAAUUGAGCUCAAAAACCUCCAAAUUUCAAGUUUAACAUGAGCAAUGCUCAAAAAUCUCAAAUUUCGGCUCUUUGAAACGUAUUUUUUCGGGUUUUGAAAAAUUCAAAUUUUUUGAAUCAAAAAACUAUAUUUUUUCCUAUUUUUUGACAUUUUUGUGUGGAAAAAAUAUAGUUUUUUGACGAAAUUUUUUGUAAAAAUUAAAAUUCACCCUGUAUUUUUUUCCAGCCACCAAAACCAUCUCCUGAACAACCCGCAAAUGUUCCUCUCACAAUUUCCCGCUCCCAACACGCCGAUAUUCAACAAAUCAUGAAUAAAAUCAACCAAGCUCCGGCUCCAAAUGUCCAAAUUCCGCCGCCAGGAGGGGCUCCAGGAGGAGCCCAAUCGAUUUAUCAAAUGUUGCUCAAGCAGCAGGGAUUUGGUGCAACUUCUUCGAGUUCUUCAGCUCCGCCGGCUGGAAUUUCAAAAGAUUGUGAUGAAAGAUCGGGUUAUACCGCAAGAUUUGCACCAAGUUCUACAGAUUCCGCAACUGAACUCAGGAAAUUCUCCAAUGAUGGACCUUCUGCGGCUCUAGGUGAGUUUUUGAGCAUUGCUCAUGUUAAACUUGAAAUUUGGAGCGUUUUGAGACGGAAUUUGAGAUUUUUGAUCAUUGCUCAUGUUAAACUUGAAAUUUGGAGCUUUUUGACCUGAAAUUUGAGAUUUUUGAGCAUUGCUCAUGUUAAUCUUGAAAUUUGGAGCUUUUUGAGCCGAAAUUUGAGAUUUUCAGUCAAAUUUAAAAAUUUUUCAAAAACAAAAAAAAAAUACGUUUCAAAAAUUUUAUAUAUUUUUUUGUUUUUAUUUUCUAUUAAUGUAAUCUCUUUUUUAUUUAGCAAAAAUUAUGAUUUCCGUAAGAAAAAAACUGAAAAUGAAUAUUUGAGCUGAAAAACUUUUCAAUAUUAACAUGAGCAAUGCUUAAAAAUCUCAAAUUCCGUCUCAAAAAAGCUCCAAAUUUCAAGUUUAACGGGGGACUUUCAGAUAUUCAAAAAAAAUUGUGUUUUGCAAGCCUCGCACGUUUUAUUUUUAAAAAUUCGGAAAAAUUAUUUUAAAAAUGGGCGUGGCUUGAUUUUGCAAGCCUCGCACACUUUUUUCCACGUUUUUCUUUGUUUUUGACCUUCAAAAUGUAAAAAAAAUCAGAUUUCAAAUUUAAAAGUGUGUACCAGGCUUGCAAAAAUUUAAUUUAAUUUUUUCCGGGAAGAAAUGUGGAGGCGUGGCUUCAAAUUUAAAAAAAUUCGAAAUAAAAUUGCAUUUUGCAAGCCUCGCACAAAAUUUUCCCAAAAAAUUAAACAAAAAUUAGUUUAAAAAUGGGCGUGGCUUGGUUUUGCAAGCCUCGCACGUUUUUUUUCUCUGAAAAUUUUGAAGUUUUGCAGUUUUUGCGUUUUUUCUCUGAAAAAAAUGUAUUUUUUCGAAUUUUUUAUUGCAACAACACCAGAAUUAGCAUUGAAAAAAAAAAUUUGAUAAUUGAAAUUAUAUCAAAAUUUUGAAACGUAUUUUUUCGGGCUUUGAAAAAUUCGAAUUUUAGAAUCAAAAUUUGAGCUCAAAAAGCUCCAAAUUUCAAGUUUAACAUGAGCAAUGCUCAAAAAUCUCAAAUUCCAGCUCAAAAAGAUCCAAAUUUCAAGUUUAACAUGAGCAAUGCUCAAAAAUCUCCCGAAUUUUGCAGCAGGCCUCAACCCAGCGGCAUUUUCCAAAGGAUAUCAAGCGCGAUUCGAUAUUCCACCCGGAAUUGAUAUCACCCUUCCACCACCAAUUCAACCACUGAUCUCACCACAAGGAUAUCCAGCUAGACCUUCGGCAGAUCCAAGACUUGCUCCAAACACGGGAUAUCAAGCCAAAUUUGAGCAUCCUCAUGAAUAUCACGCGAAAUUCGAUUCUCCACCUGCAACUUCUGCUUCUGCUUCAAAUUCAAGAUCAGGAGGAGGAUAUCAGGGAAGAUUUGAGCAUGAACAUCGAGAUCAUCGAAGAGAUCAGCAGAAUUUUGGAAGAAGUCCGGAACGAGGAGGAAGAUUUGAAGAUCGAAAUGGUGGAAAUCAUUAUCGAGGAGGCGGUGGAGGAAAUCGGGGAGGAUUUAGAGGCGGAAAUGAUAGGUGGGGGGAAUUUUUGACGUGGAUUACUAUAUGGUAUUCCGCGUGGCCGCUGCGCGGAAGAUAGUGCCGCUGACGCGGAAGCUUGCGGUUUACACUCGCUUCGCUCGAACAAAAUCCAAAUUUUUUUGAAUUUUGAAAGUUUCGCGCUGAAAAAAUCCUAAUUUUGAAAAAAAUCCUAAAUUUGAGGAAAUCGGGGAGGAUUUAGAGGGAAAAAUGAUAGGUAGGGGAUUUUUUUUGAAUUGAAAAAAUUUGAAAAAAAAAUUUAAGCCACGUGGAUUACUAUAUUGUUUUCCGCGUGGCCGCUGCGCGGAAGAUAGUGCCGCUGACGCGGAAGCUUGCGGUCCACACUCGCUCCGCUCGAGCAAAAUCGAAAUUUUUUUCAAUUUUGAAAAUUUCGCGCUGAAAAAAUCCAAAUUUUAACUACCAGAAAUUCAAAAAAAAUUAAUUUAAGACGUGAAUUUUUAUGAAAUUUAUUUUCAGAAAAAUUAAAAUUUCGAGAAUUUUUACAAUUAAAUUUCAGAUGUGAACUUCUGAUUUUGUCUAAAAAUGUAAAAAUUUAAACUAGAAAAUUGAUUUUUGCCAAAAAAUUUCGGGAUUUUUUUAUCAAUUUCUCAAAAUUUUAUUGAUUUUAGAUCGAAAAAUUGCAGAAAAUUCAAUUUCUGAAUCGAAUUUUCGGAGUUUUUGGAUUUUUCCGAAUAAAUUUGAACAAAAUUCAAAAAUUUUGAAAUUUUUAUUUGAAAAUUUCAAUUUUUCCCCGCAAAAUUUUAGAAUUUCUUGAUUUUUUGAAAAAAAAAUUUUCAAAAGCAAAAUUGUCGCGCCAAAAUUAAAUUUGAAAAAAAAUCCAAAGAAAUUGUAAUUUUUUCUUACAAAAAGCAAGAUUUCAUUGAUUUUCCCCUAAAAAUCGAAAUUUUCAAAAACCCCCGAAAAAAUACGUUUCAAAUUUUUUCUAAAAAUUUUUGGACGAUGUACUUGCUCAAUAGAUAAGUACCAGUCGAUUGGAUCAAAAUUCAUGAAAAUUUCUUUUUUUUUGCAGAUAUCAUCGCGGAAGCGGAAGCGGAAGCGGAAACCGCGAUUGGCGCGGCGGAAAUUCAUCGCGUGGAAAUUAUAAUAAUCGAUAUUAA